UAAGUAGGGUUCAAUUGGCGUAUCAUUCAAAUGGAACUCAGUUGAGGCCUUGAGGGCCGACCGUCACGACCACCAUGAGUUCCUCCCCGUUGACGUUGAACCUCGACGUUCUCGAUGUCAUUUUGUCAUUCGCAAACCCAUAUGAUGCCCUCCAAUUUUCCAUGACAUGUCGCGACGGCCACAAACUAGCGAUGCCGCAUUUCUUGGAAGAAGUCGAGUUCCCGCUUCCUUGGCUGUGUUUACGGGGCGCAAAACGAUCGGCACUGGCGGAUCCGGAGCUCUUCGAGGGCUUUCGCGCUUACAUGCUCGAUUCACCGCAUGCGUCCCAUCGCCUCCGGAAGCUCAAGGCUCUUCAGCUUGGAGAAGAGGCUUUCUGCGUAGAAUGGGGAGAACGCGACAGAGGCACUGUACCGCCGACGGACACCUUCACUCUUGCGGAACCGCUCGCGGAUGUCAUUCGAGGUGCCGUUGAGCUACGCAGGAUCUCCAUUCACUACUCGGAGGCCAUCUUCGAUGAUGUACCGCAGCUCAUAGAUGCCAUAGCGAGCCUCCCGCGUCUCCAGGAGGUCUGCUUCUAUGGCGCCGACGUGUCGACACUCGGCCUUCUCUCUAGAAUGCAGAGUCGCCUCAGGAGAGUUGAACUCCGCAUCAUCGAAUAUAAUGAUCAAGAGACGAGAGAAAGGUGGUGGGGCGACUAUGCCUUCGGGAAUGACCGCUUUCUACACAACUUCACUGAAUCACUGCAGGUUCUGAGCCUGCAUGGAGGCUUGGACAUCAUAGAGGAGCUCGAACCACACACGGUUUGGCGUGCUGUUCGUGAACUCAAACUCGUUCGCGGUAAUCCAGUCAAUCUACAAGCCAUGGCCCGCGCUUUCCCAAACCUGCGCCGUCUGCACACCGAGCCCGGACCCUCCGCUGUCGAGCCUGCCAUCCAUCAAUGGCGAAAACUUGACACCGUUUGGGCGGCACAUCCUCUCCCUUUGCAGCAUCCGGUCCGACACUUGAUCAUGCAUUGGACCCUUCAGGCGUACAGGUACCUCGCCCCUCCGUUCAACCAGGCCCUAGCGGGUGGUACCAUCGCCAUGCUUCAACACACCCUGCCCGUCGUACUCGAGUGCAGCGCUGACAAGAACACGUAUGCAUGCAUAGCUCAUCACGCACCCUCAGUCCGCUGCAUGAGAAUCACUGUGGUACCUAGUGAGCGCCAACAUGGGCAUGACUGGAACUUGACCGACGAAGAGGCAAAGAAUGUGUUGAUCGACGAAUUCUCGCUCCUCCGGGCUUUGCCUCUCAAAGGUAUCGCUAUCGUACUCCAGGGACACGGACCCUGGGGCAAGGCCUCCAACUGGAAGCAGUAUUCUUGCAUCAUUGGAGCCUGUAUUCCUUCAUUGGAGUACAUUGGCUUGCGCACGCAGACAGGGGCUUGGUUCUCACACGAUGAUUGGGAUGCGCCGGAGCCAUACCAGUGGUAUCAGGUCACUGGGCGCCCAGAACAUUCGGAGGUGGUUGUAGAGAGCCUGUCGGCUGAUGAAGGAGUCCGCGUCUGCUCUACGCUCUUCAGCAUGUCCAGAGGUGAAUAAACCUCAAGUUUGACUGCAGGUAUCCCCGGGUGUA